ACGUGGUCCGGGCGCCUGUGAAUCGCGCCCGCCCGAGGGUCUCACAGCGAAAUACAAAAGCAGCUGGGAAGCGGCGGCGAGGCGAGUUCCCAGCGCGGGGCGGAGCGCCAGGCAGAGCCCCGCUGCCGCGAUGGGGCUGAGGCGCCCGGAGCCCCGGAGCCAGCACGCUGCCGGGCCCGCCUCGCCGCCGGGACCCGGGCGCCCGGGCUCGGCUUGAAGCGGCGGCGGCCCCAGCACGGCCGGGGGAGCAUGGGCAGGAGGAUGCGGGACGCCGCCGCCGCCGCCGCGGGGCUCUGGCUGCUGGCGCUGGGCUCGCUGCUGGCGCUGUGGGGCGGGCUCCUGCCGCCGCGCACCCAGCCGCCCGAAGACCGACUCCCGCGGCGCCCGGCCCGGAGCGGCGGCCCGGGGCCCGCGCCUCGCUUCCCCCUGCCCCCGCCCCUGGCGCGGGACGCCCGCGGCGGCUCCCUGAAAACUUUCCGGGCGCUGCUCACCUUGGCGGCCGGCGCGGACGGCCCGCCCCGGCGGCCCCCGGGCGAGCGCGAGCGACACGUGCCAGCCCGGCGGCUCGGGCCGGAGGGGCGCGCCGUGGUGCACGGGGGCGUCUUCUGGAGCCGCGGCCUGGAGGAGCAGGUGCCCCGCGGCUUCUCGGAGUCGCAGGCGGCGGCGUGGCUGGAGGCGGCGCGCGGCGCCCGGGUGGUGGCCCUGGAGCGCGGCGGCUGCGGGCGCAGCUCCAACCGGCUGGCUCGCUUUUCCGACGGCACCCGCGCCUGCGUGCGCUACGGCAUCAACCCCGAGCAGAUACAGGGCGAGGCCCUGUCCUACUACCUGGCGCGCCUGCUGGGCCUCCAGCGCCACGUGCCGCCGCUGGCACUGGCCCGGGUGGAGGCUCGCGGCGCGCAGUGGGCGCAGGUGCAGGAGGAGCUUCGUGCCGCACACUGGACGGAGGGCAGCGUGGUGAGCCUGACGCGCUGGCUGCCCAACCUCACGGACGUGGUGGUGCCCGCGCCCUGGCGCUCGGAGGACGGCCAGCUGCGGCCCCUGCGUGCCGCCGGGGGCGAGCUGGCCAACCGCAGCCAGGCGGAGCUGGUGGACCUGGUGCAGUGGACCGACUUGAUCCUUUUUGACUAUCUGACGGCCAACUUCGACCGGCUCGUCAGCAACCUCUUCAGCCUGCAGUGGGACCCGCGCGUCAUGCAGCGCGCCACCAGCAACCUGCACCGCGGCCCCGGCGGGGCGCUGGUCUUUCUGGACAACGAGGCGGGCUUGGUGCACGGCUACCGGGUGGCGGGCAUGUGGGACAAAUAUAACGAGCCGCUGCUGCAGUCGGUGUGCGUGUUCCGCGAGCGGACUGCGCGGCGCGUCCUGGAGCUGCACCGCGGCCAGGACGCGGCCGCCCGGCUGCUGCGCCUCUACCAGCGCCACGAGCCUCGCUUCCCCGAGCUGGCCGCGCUCGCCGACCCCCACGCUCAGCUGCUGCAGCGCCGCCUCGACUUCCUCGCCAAGCACAUUUUGCACUGUAAGGCCAAGUACGGCCGCCGACCGGGGACUUAGCGUACCCUGGAGGAAGAGAGAGAGAGAGACCCCUGGCUGAGGAAUGGCUGAUGGGGGAAGGGCCGUCGCUUCGGCCGCCGCGGGGGACCAGCCGGCCAACGCCCAGCCAGUGGCCGGAGCGGGAGGGAGGCUAAAACUUCAGCUUCACCCACCUGCCCCUUUCUCUCCGUCUCCUGCUGUUUCCUUUCAAAGUUCUGGGAGGACGAACUCACCGGGGGAAGAAGUGAACCAUUCCUUCCGCCCAGCCUCUGAAAGGAUUCUACCCUGUGCCAGCACUGAGUUUGGAUCCGAAGAAACGGGCUGCGGAGUUUGGCCCCCGGGUGGCCGUCUCCGUGGGAGAUGCAUCCCGUUCCUUGGCCCCCGCAUUCCCCUUCCGAAAAAGGAAAACUUCUGUUUGAGCCGUUGAGCUAAUCCUGCAUUUCCUACCAAACGCCGCGCUGGUGGCCCCGGAGCUGGGCUGUGACAUUGGCUGGUGGAGCCCCCUUCCUGUGUUCCGCCUUUGUUCCAGCACCGUGAUGGUGAGAUCACUGUUAGGAGCUGGGGGAAGGCUCCCGAUAGGACAAAGAGAGCAGGACCUUCGGAACCGGGGUGGGGGUCCUACAGACCCUGACAAUGAGUCUGACUUGUUCCUUACCACUUGUCAUUUUGGCCUAAGGGCUACAAAUACAGGACCGGCUGUAUGCGCUGAGUCAAGUAAUGAAUUUCUUCUUCCUCCCCCCUCCCCAUCGACCAAAAUUUUGACAAUGAUGAUGUUCACCAGAAGAAAAUGAAUUUCAUGCACUUUACUUUGUUUUUAUUUUAAUUUUUUAUUAAGAAAAACUUUUUUAUUUGACAGAAUUUGCCUUCUGUGUAUAUAUGUGCAUAAAGUGUUGUAAAUAUGCUAAACAGACUUAUAUUUCAAUAAAAGGGAGUUUAAAAUUUAGAAUUUAAUUUAUGUGGUUUUAAGUGUGGGAGCUAUCUGAUGCCCUACCAGCUUUUUAGAAUAAGCCUUAGGGUUUCUCCCUUGUGGAUGUGCUUUACAAAACAAAGGAUGCAUAUAUAUCCCAAUUGUCACUAUCAGAACUUGGAGAAUUAAACAAAGACAAGAGCAGAUUCUCUGUCCUGUUUGCUCAGAUGAACCCUAGUGCUGGAAAUUUCAGAGUUCAGCAUAAAAUGUGG